CGCUUGUGAUCAGCGCAGGCCGCGCUCGUUUUCCCCAGUCCUCUCCAGUCUCCACACAGUUUCCACUUCGGUCGAGGACACACCUCCUCCCCCUCCCCUUCGUCACACCCCAGCCCGGCAGGCAGCCAUGGGCAACCGUGCGUCGCGCUACAACCGCCCCGCCGCCGAGCAGCAGCCGGCCUCGUCGACCCCGCCCAAGCCCCAGACCCAGCCGCCGCCGACGCAGCAGCAGUACCAGCAGGCCCCGCCGCCGCAGCAGCCGCAGCCGAAGCCGGCGGCGGGGGCGGGGGCGAGGGCGGUGGGGCGCGUGCUGGGACGGCCCAUGGAGGACGUGCGCGCGACCUACACCUUCGGCCGCGAGCUCGGGCGGGGCCAGUUCGGGGUCACCUACCUCGUCACGCACCGGGAGACCGGGCAGCGCUUCGCCUGCAAGUCCAUCGCCACGCGGAAGCUCGUCCACCGAGACGACAUCGAGGACGUGCGCCGGGAGGUGCAGAUCAUGCACCACCUCACGGGGCACCGCAACAUCGUCGAGCUCCGGGGAGCCUACGAGGACAGGCACUCGGUCAACCUCGUCAUGGAGCUCUGCGAGGGCGGGGAGCUCUUCGACCGCAUCAUCGCCAAGGGCCACUACACCGAGCGCGCCGCCGCCGCGCUCUGCCGCGAGAUCGUCGCCGUCGUCCACAGCUGCCACUCCAUGGGCGUCUUCCACCGGGAUCUCAAGCCCGAGAACUUCCUGUUCCUCAAUAACAAGGAGGACUCCCCGCUCAAGGCCACGGACUUCGGCCUCUCCGUCUUCUUCAAGCACGGGGAGAUGUUUAAGGAUCUUGUGGGAAGUGCGUAUUAUGUUGCUCCUGAGGUACUGAAACGGCACUAUGGGGCAGAGGCUGACAUAUGGAGUGCUGGGGUUAUUCUUUACAUCCUUCUGUCUGGUGUUCCUCCUUUUUGGGCAGAGAAUGAGGAUGGUAUAUUUGAUGCCGUUUUGCGUGGUCACAUUGACUUCACUUCUGAUCCUUGGCCUUCAAUAUCUAAUGGUGCAAAGGAUUUGGUUAAGAAGAUGCUGCGACCAGACCCAAAAGAACGCCUGACUGCUGCUGAAAUUUUGAACCACCCAUGGAUUAGAGAGGAUGGAGAGGCCCCAGAUAAGCCACUUGACAUUACUGUCAUUGGUAGAAUGAAACAGUUCAGGGCAAUGAACAAGCUCAAGAAAGUUGCAUUGAAGGUUGUGGCUGAGAACUUAUCAGAUGAAGAGAUUAUGGGCCUAAAAGAAAUGUUCAGAUCCCUGGAUACAGAUAACAGUGGGACAAUUACUCUUGAAGAGCUAAGAUCUGGUUUACCAAAACUUGGUACAAAAAUUUCUGAAUCGGAAAUCAAACAGUUGAUGGAGGCGGCUGAUGUUGAUGGAAAUGGUACCAUUGAUUAUGGGGAGUUUAUAUCUGCCACAAUGCACUUGAAUAGAUUGGAGAAGGAAGACCACAUACUCAAAGCUUUUGAAUAUUUUGAUAAGGACCACAGCGGAUACAUAACAGUAGAUGAGUUGGAAGAAGCUCUGAAGAAGUAUGAUAUGGGAGAUGACAAAACAAUAAAAGAAAUCAUUGCUGAAGUAGAUUCAGAUCAUGAUGGAAGAAUUAAUUACCAAGAGUUUGUUGCCAUGAUGAGAAACAACAGCCCUGAGAUUGUUCCAAAUCGGAGGCGCAUGUUCUAACUAUCAUGUACAAUUUUCAUUGAAUAUUUUCAAGAACAAUCUGCCCGUAAACAUAAUCCUGGUCCCAUUUUCUUUUUGGAACAGCCGUUAAGAAGACUGUAAUGUGAGAUCCAUGUCUCUGCAGCCCGGACCAGUUUAUACCAAAAUAGGGUGGUGUUAUAGUGACCCGUACUUAGAUGCUUUGAGCAUCAUGGACUCAUGGGUGGCAAUGUUUAUUCCCAUUGUACUCCUUGGGGUUGUUCUGCUGCUUCGAUCUGAAGCUUUCCUCACCUUUCAUUUUAGUUUGUCCUCUCAAGAGUGUUGCCACUUGUGAAUUGUUAUCAUGUGUUGUGGUCCUCGUAAUGGUUUAUAUUAGCGCAGGCAUUGUAAAAUGGUAUUCAGCGACCAGAUCAGGUAAUGUCAUAUUGCUUCUGAAUAAAUAUUAGCAGUAACGUA